CCUCCCCCAGACCUGGCCUUGCUCCGAUAAUGGUCAAGGUGUUUGGAGGGUGAUGCUGGGCACGAGAUGGUCCUGCCUGUCUGAAUGCAGCUGGCUGGGCGGUGGGGGACGCAGAGGUAGAGGGAUGAGUCUCAAGCCCAAGGGGUCGACCACAGGGCCUGUGAAGCCUCCCUGAGUUGGUUUCGUGAGAUGAGGAAAAUCACACCCCUCCCCGCUGGGAGUGAGGAAGAGCCGGGGUGGGCACCCAGGAGGGGCAGAGAGAGUGGGAGCCUGUGGUGAUGCUGGAGACUCCCCUUUCCGGAGCUGCCAGGGAGAAGCAGGAGCCAGGAAGCCUGUGCUCCUGUCCAGGUCACUCUGUGACUUCAGGCAGCCCUUGUCCCCACUCAGCGUGCGAAAGGCUCUCUGAAGUCCUUUCCCACCCACUGGAGUUUAAGGGGUGCCAUGCUUUCUGUAGACCGAACCCCAAGGCCGUGCUGGGGGUCAGGAUCUGCUUGCCUCACGGUCCCAGCAGGACCAGACCUGUUUCUGCUCGCAGCGUCCCUUUGGGGCCCCACAGCCAGACAUGAGCAGAGGAGAGCGGCCGAGCCCACCUGCAGGCCCGAGCAAGCGUGACGCUGAAGAUGAUGACCUUCUUCCAUGUCAGAGGCCUCUUCUGAGUACCUGGUGCCACCCCAGGAAUCCAAGGGAGCCCCAGAGAGGGGCGAGCAAGAGGCUCUGAAGAAGAAGCCAAAAGGCCUGGCCAACAUGUUCAGCAUCUUCACCAAAGGGAGGAAGAAGAAGGGCCAGCCCAGCGCUGCCAAGGCAGAGGGCAAGCCUGAGUCCAGGCCCAGGAGCAGGGACCUACUGCCCACGGUGGAGGAACUCAAGGUGGACCUGGAGCUCGGGCGGCUGGAGGCGGCGGCGCCGCUGCUGCUGCUGGAGCGCGAGCUGGCGGCGUUGGCGGCGACGGGCGGCGUGAGCGAGGAGGACUUGGUGCGCCGCCAGAGCAAAGUGGAGGCGCUGUACGUGCUGCUGCGCGACCAGGUGCUCGGCCUGCUGCGCCGGCCGCUGGAGGCGGCGCCCGAGCGGCUGCGCCAGGCGCUGGCCGUGUUGGCGGAGCAGGAGCGCGAGGACCGGCGCGUGGAGGCCGCGGGGCCCGGGCCCUCGGCGCUGGCGCCCACGCGACCCCGGCGCUGGCUGCAGCUGUGGCGGCGCGGCGUGGCGCAGGAAGCCCAGGAGCGCCUGGAACGGCCGCCGGCCGCGGACGCCGAGGGCCGCUCGGAGGCCGAGCGCGCCUUCCUGCAUAUGGGCCGCACGUUGAAGGAGGACCUGGAGGCCGUGGUGGAGCGGCUGAAGCCACUGUUCCCCGCGGAGUUCGGCGUCGUGGCGGCCUACGCCGAGAGCUACCACCAGCACUUCGCCGCCCAGCUGACGGCCAUGGCGCAGUUUGAGCUGUUGGAGCGUGACACCUACUUGCUGCUGGUCUGGGUGCAGAACCUCUACCCCAACGACAUCAUCAACAGCCCUAAGCUUGCCGGCCAGCUGCAGGGGGUCGAGCUGGGGAGCCUGCUGCCGCCCCGGCAGAUCCGGCUGCUGGAGGCCACGUUCCUAUCCAACGAGGUGACCAGUGCGAAGGAGCUGAUGGCCCGGGCCCUGAACCUGGAGUCACGGCACUGGGCCCAGGACGUGGCCCCCCAGCAGCUGGAUGGCCACUGCCACAGCGAACUGGCCAUCGACAUCAUCCAGAUCAUCUCUCAGAGCCAGGCCAAGGCCGAGAGCAUCACAGAUGACCUGGGCACGCAGAUAAAGCGCCUGCUGCGGGUGGAGCUGGCUGCCUUUCUGAGGAGCUACCAGCGAGCCUUUGACGAGUUUCUGGAGAGGUGCAGACAGCUGACACAUUACAGGGCCAACGUCAUGGCCAACAUCAACAGCUGCUGGUCCUUGCGGACGUUCGUGGAGCAGAACUGGCAGACGUCCCAAGACCUCCUGGGCCACCUGCAUGAGCUCAAGGGUCACGGCUUCGACACGCUGCUCCAGAGCCUGGUGGACAGCCUGCAGCCCCUGUUCAAGAGGUUCUCACAUAGCCGCUGGGCAGCCGCGGAGCAGACCAUGGAGAACAUUGUCCACAGGGUGGAGAACGCCCUGCCUGAGUUCCUGGGGCUGCGAGACUGUUUCCGGGAGGAGCUCAUGGAGCUCGUCCACCGGCACCUGGUGAAGGAAUACAUCGUGCAGCUCAGCAAACGGCGCCUGGUGCUCAAGACUGCAGAGCAGCAGAGGCAACUAGCAGGGCAGGUCUUGGCCAAUGCCAACUUCAUCCAGCGCUUCUGCACUGAGAGUGGCUCCCCAGCAGCCUGGCUGCACCAAGCCCUGCCCACACUUGCGGAAGUCAUUCGCCUGCAAGACCCCAAUGCCAUCAAGAUGGAGGUGGCCACGUAUGCCACCUUGUACCCUGACUUCAGCAAAGGCCACCUGAGCGCCAUCUUGGCCAUCAAGGGGAACCUGUCCAACAGCGAGGUCAAAAGCAUCCGGAGCAUCCUGGACGUCAGCGCCGGGGCACAGGGGCCCUUCAAGUCCCUGUUUUCACUGAUAAACGUUGGUUAGCUUUCCUGCGGCCUGACCUCCUGUGAGCACUCAGCAAGCGUCGAACACACCCCCCUUGGGGGCAGUUCAGACCAGCACCAGCACCAGCUUCACAGCCCCUCACGGGCCCCCUGCCCUCUGCUGCUGCGUCUGCUCGGCCCUGGCCAAGGCGCAGGCCCCCGGGCAGUGGAACUGGACAGGCCUCGUUCUGUUACCAGCCCUGAGGGGCAGGAGCACCCACUGAGAGGCUCCCACAGUGGGAGGAGCCAAAGAGGCCGCACCUGAGAAGGGACAAUUGCUUGUGUGUGUGCUGAAGGUGGGAGAGAGGCCAGGGCUCAGCAAUCCCAGGCCCCCUCCUGUCAGUGGGGCAUUUCCCAGUCUGAAAAGACCCCUGAGACCCUGCCCUGCCUACCGAGCCCCCUUCGCCAGGGCUCUGAUGAGCCAGCUCGGCGAGGCAAGUCGGCAGGACAGAAGGCAGCUGGAAGAGCGAGAAGGGGAAGAGGAGCUCCUACUGGGGCCCGGAAAGGGGAGUUCCCCAGAAUGCUGGGUUCCCACCAGCACCCAAGCCCUCCUCCAGAUUGCACCGGGACCCCUUUAGCUCAGACCCUGGUCUCUCCCAUUGCCCAUGGGCACACCCUGAGGGGGGCCCCAGAGGAGGCCUCCGGGGUCUUCUAGGGCUCAGCCUGCACCCCCGUGCAGGCCCAGAGUGGGGCAAGCUUGACCUCUGACCCCUUUCCCUGUGUUAGUUUCCUCCUGCUGCUGUAACAAAUUUCCACAAAUGUAGCAGCUUAAAGCAAGACUUGUUUUCAGUUCUGAAGGCCAGUGCAGGUCUGCUCGCAUCCAGCACUGGGUACACUGUCCAGCACUGGGUACACUGUCCCUCCCCAGGCUCUAGGGGAGGGCUCCCUAGCCUCUUGCAGCUGUGAGACCACCUUCCCCCAAAUCUUGGCUCACACACCCCCCAUUCCAGAGUCUUGUCCCACCCUAGCAUUUCUCCCCUGCCUCCCUCGUCCACGUUAAGGACCCUUCUCAUCACCCUUGGCCCACCCAGGUGGCCCGGGACCCUCUCCGUUGGUCACAUCAGCGGAUUAGCAAUCCCAACUCCACCCGCCACCUCCACUCCCCUCACGUCACGUGGAGCCUGACAGUCACAGGUGCCAGAGAGAAGGACGCGGCGUCUGUGGGAGCCAUGGGUUUGCUCACCGUGGCCUCCAUCUGCCCCCUGCCCUGUGACACCUUGUCCUUCCCCUGGAAGAUGGGUUAGCUGCCCUCCUGGCCUCUGCCCACCCCAGGGACCCUCUCUGCAUCCAGGGUGGUUCAGACUCAGGGGCCACAGGGGGCCGCCUGCCCCCUUUCCAGGUACUUGGCCAGGACCUGGCCCGUGUCGAUGGUGCACAAGAGCCUUUGUACAUUUGUAGAGUUAGCUUGUUUGAUGUUACUAAUGUUAUUUUUGAUAAUACCUCUUUCGUAGGUGUGUACUGGAUCCAGGACAGGAUCCAGGUUCUUACAGCUUGAUAUAAAACUGCCUUCAGAA